UGAUAUCUCUGUCUUUUUAUUCUCUCCCUCUCGCUCCUCACCUUAGGGUUUUCAUGCAACAAUUUCCUCCUCCUCCUCCUCUCUCUCUCUCUCUCUACACUAGAUUGGGGAUUUUCCUUGGAUUUAGGGUUUCCGCCGAUUUUGAUUUUAAUUUAAUACAUUUGUCUGAGAUGCAACGGAUUAAUCCAAUCGAUCGAUCGGGGAUAGGUGAGACAAAUUGAAGGGUGAGUGUGGGUUUUGUAUGGAAACUCGGAGUCGGAAGCGGGCGGAGGCUUCCUCAGCUGCCCCUUCAUCCUCGUCCACCACCCCUUCUCGUUCAGCCAAGCGCUCUCGUCUUUCUUCUUCUUCUUCUUCCAUCCUACCUGUUAAUACACGUUCUCGUUCCGCCAGGAAUAACAACAACAACAACAACUCCGGUUCCAUUUCUUUCAUGGACCCCACCAAUGAAUCCUCCGGGUCCCGACGUGAUCGCCGUGGCAAGAAUUUCGAUAGGGAAAAUUCGGACAAAGGGAAGGAGAAGGAACAGGAUGUUAGGAUUAGGGAUGCGGAGCGGGAGCGAGAGCGAGCCUUGGCGUUAAACAUGGAGAGUGAAGAUGUUGGGGAUGACGAUGAUAAUGAUAGUGACGGCGGUGUGGGAAUUCUGCACCAGAAUUUGACGUCUGCCAGUAGUGCCCUUCAAGGGCUUCUUCGGAAACUUGGUGCUGGUUUGGAUGAUUUGCUUCCUGCUACUGCUAUGGGCGGUUCUGCGUCAUCUCCUCAUCAGAGUGGCAGACUCAAGAAGAUUUUGUCUGGCUUGCGUGCCGAUGGGGAAGAAGGUCGUCAGGUUGAGGCAUUGACGCAGCUUUGUGACAUGCUCUCCAUUGGCACUGAAGAUUCCCUCAGCACAUUUUCGGUUGACUCAUUUGUUCCUGUGCUAGUGGGCUUGCUUAAUCACGAGAGCAAUCCCGAUGUCAUGCUUCUUGCGGCCAGGGCGCUAACCCAUUUAUGUGAUGUGCUUCCUUCAUCCUGUGCUGCUGUUGUGCAUUAUGGUGCUGUCUCUAUCUUCUGUGCGAGGCUGCUCACCAUAGAGUAUAUGGACUUGGCUGAGCAGUCUCUUCAAGCACUAAAGAAGAUUUCUCAGGAGCACCCAACUGCCUGUCUUAGAGCUGGAGCUCUGAUGGCUGUUCUUUCUUACUUGGACUUCUUCUCAACAGGAGUUCAGCGGGUGGCAUUGUCUACUGCUGCAAAUAUGUGCAAGAAGCUUCCUCCUGAUGCAGCUGACUUUGUGAUGGAAGCUGUUCCACUUUUGACAAACCUCCUUCAGUACCACGACUCCAAGGUCCUGGAACAUGCCUCUGUUUGUUUGACACGAAUAGCUGAAGCAUUUGCAUCAUCUCCAGACAAAUUAGAUGAAUUGUGCAAUCAUGGACUGGUAACACAAGCUGCCUCUCUCAUUUCUACCAGCAGUUCUGGAGGUGGGCAGGCUUCUCUCAGCACUCCAACAUAUACUGGUUUGAUCCGCCUUCUUUCCACAUGUGCAAGUGGGUCUCCUCUUGGAGCUAAAACGUUGCUUCUCCUUGGAACUAGUGGCAUUCUUAAAGAUAUACUAUCCGGUUCCGGUGUUUCUUCUAACACCUCUGUUUCGCCUGCAUUGAGUAGGCCAGCGGAUCAGAUAUUUGAGAUUGUGAACCUGGCAAAUGAACUUCUGCCUCCAUUGCCUCAAGGAACCAUUUCCCUUCCUGUCAGCUCCAACUUGUUUGUGAAAGGGUCUGUUGUGAAAAAAUCCUCUUCUGGCAAUUCUGGGAUACAAGAAGACACAAAUGGAAAUGUUCAUGAGAUAUUGGCUCGUGAGAAAUUAUUAAAUGAUCAGCCUGAGUUACUUCAGCAAUUUGGGAUGGAUCUCCUCCCAGUUUUAAUGCAGAUAUAUGGUGCUAGCGUCAAUGGUCCAGUUCGGCACAAAUGUCUUUCUGUCAUUGGAAAAUUGAUGUAUUUCAGCACAGCUGAGAUGAUCCAGUCUUUACUGAGUGUAACAAAUAUAUCAAGUUUCUUAGCUGGUGUGUUAGCAUGGAAAGAUCCACAUGUUUUGGUUCCUGCCUUGCAAAUUUCGGAAAUUCUUAUGGAAAAGCUUCCUGGAACCUUCUCUAAGAUGUUUGUCAGAGAAGGUGUGGUUCAUGCAGUUGACCAACUUAUUUUGGCUGGAAAUUCAACCAAUAUAUCCACACAAACAUCAUCUGCUGAGAAGGAUAAUGAUUCUGUAUCUGGAACUUCAUCUCGCUCUAGACGCUAUCGCCUGCGCAGUGGUAAUUCAAAUCCCGAUGCGAACCCUUCAGAUGAUUUAAAGAGUCCAGUUCCAGUAAAUGUUGGUUUGCCACCAAGUUCUGUAGAAACUCCAACAACUAAUUCUAGUAUCCGUGCAUCUGUUAGCUCAGUUGCUAGAGCUUUUAAAGACAAGUACUUUCCUUCUGAUCCUGGGUCUGUUGAAGUGGGUGUUAGUGAUGAUCUUUUGCAUCUGAAAAAUCUAUGCACGAAGUUGAUCACUGGUGUUGAUGACCAAAGAAGCAAGGCAAAGGGAAAAGUUAAAGCUUCUGGAUUUGGUCUGGAUGAUAAUUCUAGUAACACAGAAGAGUAUUUGAUUGGGGUGAUAUCUGACAUGCUAAAGGAACUUGGCAAAGGAGAUAGUGUAUCUACUUUUGAAUUUAUCGGUAGUGGUGUUGUUGAAGCCUUGCUAAAUUAUUUUUCUUGUGGGUAUUUCUCUAAAGAUCGAAUAUCAGAAACCAAUCUCCCCAAGCUUCGCCAACAGGCACUUUCAAGGUUCAAGUCAUUUGUAGCUGUUGCACUACCUUUGAGCAUUGACAAUGGGGCUGUUGCUCCUAUGACUGUCUUAGUUCAGAAGCUUCAAAAUGCGUUGGCCUCCUUGGAGCGUUUCCCUGUUAUGCUGAGUAAUUCAUCUCGGUCAUCUAGUGGAAGUGCACGUCUCUCCUCUGGGCUAAGUGCAUUAUCUCAGCCCAUAAAAUUACGUCUCUGCCGAGCCCAGGGUGAAAAGUCACUUAGGGAUUAUUCAUCCAAUGUGGUACUGAUUGAUCCAUUAGCAAGUCUAGCAGCCAUCGAGGAAUUUCUAUGGGCUCGUGUCCAGCGUGGUGAAUCUGGUCAGAAGUCUACUGUAGGCACUGAAAAUUCUGAAUCUGGAACAACUCCUGCUGGGGCAGGUGUUUCAUCUCCUUCCUCUUAUACUCCCUCCACUGCCCAUCGUCAUUCUACUAGAACCAGAUCAUCUGUUAAUAUAGGAGAUACACCUAGAAAAGAAACAUCUCAAGACAAAGGAACGAGCUCAUCAAAGAGCAAGGGUAAAGCUGUAUUAAAACCUGCGCAGGAGGAAGCGCAAGGACCCCAAACAAGGAAUACAGUGCGCAGAAGAGCAGCUCUUGAUAAAGUCGCUCAAAUGAAACCUGCAAAUGGCGACUCAACUUCUGAGGAUGAAGAAUUGGAUAUAUCUCCUGUUGAAAUUGCUGAGGCUUUGGUGAUUGAAGAUGAUGAUAUUUCUGAUGAUGAGGAUGAAGACCAUGAAGAUGUGCUGAGGGAUGAUUCUCUUCCUGUCUGCUUGCCUGACAAAGUGCAUGAUGUGAAAUUGGGUGACUCAGCUGAGGAGAGUACUGUUGCUCCAGCAACAAGUGAUAGCCAGACUAAUGCAGCCUCAGGUUCAAGCAGCAAAGCUGGUACAGCCAGGGGUUCUGACUCCGCUGAUUUUAGGAGUGGGUUUUCAUCUAGCUCAAGGGGUGCAAUGUCAUUUGCUGCUGCUGCUAUGGCUGGACUUGGAUAUGCUAAUAGCAGAGGUUUCAGGGGCGGCAGAGAUAGGCAUGGGUGCCUGUUGUUUGGUAGUUCUAAUGAUCCUCCGAAGUUGAUUUUUACUACUGGUGGGAAGCAGCUUAAUAGGAAUCUGAGUAUAUAUCAGGCAAUUCAAAGACAGCUUGUGCUAGAUGAAGAUGAUGAUGAGAGAUUUGCUGGCAGUGACUAUGUAUCUGGUGAUGGAAGCAGUCUGUGGGGUGAUAUUUACACCAUCACUUAUCAAAGGGCAGAAAACCAGCCAGAUAAGGCGUCUACUGGAGGAUCAAGUUCAAAUACUUCAAAAUCUGCCAAAUCUGGGUCUGCCUUAAAUUCAAGCUCAGAAGCUAAAUUGCAUCAGACAUCUGUUCUAGACAGUAUAUUGCAGGGAGAAUUGCCAUGUGAUCUAGAGAAAUCUAAUCCCACCUACAAUAUUUUGGCACUCCUGCGUGUGCUGGAGGGUUUCAACCAACUUGCGCCUCGUUUGAGGGUCCUAAUGGUUUCUGAUAGCUUUGCCAAGGGAAAAAUCUUGGAUUUAGAUGAGCUAUGUGUUACAACUGGUGCUAGGGUGCUUCUAGAGGAAUUUGUAAGUGGUAAGCUUACUCCAAAAUUGGCUAGGCAAAUACAAGAUGCCCUUGCACUAUGCAGUGGUAAUCUUCCCUUAUGGUGUUACCAGUUGACUAAAGCGUGCCCUUUCUUGUUUCCUUUUGAGACCCGACGACAGUACUUUUAUUCUACCGCAUUUGGGUUAUCUCGUGCACUGUAUCGACUUCAACAGCAGCAAGGUGCUGAUGGCCAUGGUUCAACAACUGAGAGGGAGGUGAGAGUUGGGAGAUUGCAGCGCCAAAAGGUUCGUGUCUCUCGAAAUCGUGUCCUGGAUUCUGCUGCAAAAGUUAUGGAGAUGUAUUCUAGCCAAAAAGCUGUACUUGAAGUAGAAUAUUUUGGUGAAGUUGGCACUGGUCUGGGUCCCACCCUUGAGUUUUAUACAAUUCUAAGUCAUGAUUUGCAAAAAGUUGGACUGCAAAUGUGGAGAUCUUAUUCUUCAGACAAACAUCAAAUGGAAAUAGAUGGAGAUGAAAAGAAAAAGAAAAGUGAAGGCUCUGGGCCUAAUUUGGCUGGAGAUGGAGAACUUGUUCAAGCUCCUCUGGGGUUGUUUCCUCGGCCAUGGCCUACAAAUUCUGAUGCUUCAGAGAGUAGCCAGUUUUCAAAAGUCAUUGAGUAUUUCCGGCUGCUAGGUCGUGUUAUGGCUAAAGCUCUUCAAGACGGACGACUACUGGACCUGCCAUUGUCAGUGGCAUUUUAUAAGCUUGUUCUCUGCCAAGAUCUUGAUUUGCAUGACAUUCUGUUCAUUGAUGCUGAGCUUGGGAAGACUUUACAAGAGUUCAAUGCCCUUGUUUGUCGGAAACAUUAUAUAGAAUCUAUUGGUGGUAGCUAUACAGAUACAAUUGUUAACUUGUAUUUUCAUGGUGCACCAAUCGAAGAUCUUUGCUUAGAUUUUACUCUCCCUGGUUAUCCUGAAUACACCUUGAAGCCAGGAGAUGAAAUUGUUGAUAUCAACAAUUUGGAGGAGUAUAUAUCCUUGGUGAUCGAUGCAACUGUCAAGACUGGAAUCAUGCGGCAAAUAGAAGCAUUUAGAGCAGGGUUUAACCAGGUUUUUGAUAUCUCAUCUUUACAAAUUUUUACUCCUCAAGAACUAGAUAAUUUGCUUUGCGGCCGCAGGGAGUUGUGGGAGGCUGAGACACUUGCUGAUCAUAUAAAAUUCGACCAUGGGUACAAUGCAAAGAGCCCUGCCAUUGUUAAUUUACUUGAAAUUAUGGGAGAGUUCACACCAGAGCAGCAACGUGCCUUCUGUCAAUUUGUUACUGGUGCACCUAGGCUGCCACCUGGAGGGCUGGCAGUUCUAAAUCCAAAACUAACGAUUGUGAGGAAGCUUUCGUCAACUGCAGUUAAUAAUUCAUCUAAUGGGAAUGGACCUUCAGAAUCAGCAGAUGAUGACUUGCCUAGUGUGAUGACAUGUGCUAAUUACCUGAAACUUCCUCCUUACUCUACCAAGGAAAUUAUGUACAAGAAGUUGCUCUAUGCAAUCAGUGAGGGCCAGGGAUCCUUUGAUUUAUCAUGAGUUUCUGAAACUAACCAACCUUACCCUGCAUGUUAAUAGAUGGAUCAGGGUUUAUUGACUUUAUUCUCGAGGGUCAGUUGUUUUUUUUGGUUGGAUGUGCUUUGCUCCUCGCUUCUCGAAUAAUAGUGUCUCAUUUUCCGUGCUCAAUGCAAAUUGCAAGGUUGUGGAAUUAUUCAGUUGAAUCGGGUCGCCACAUUUUCAAAGUGUAGGGGAAUUUACGGAGCUCUUAUUUGAUUUUACCUGUUAGAACUUGUAAAUAGAAUAGCAAUGAUGAAAUUUUGAUUUUCUUUUUUCUUUUUAAAAAAAUUCAUUAUUCUGUUUGUAAUUCCAAUUAUUGGCAAUUAGCAUGUACGAAGAAAAAUGGUAAAGGGAAAGGAAAUAAUUUAAAAUAUUAUGCUUUAUAAUCUCAUUCUAUUACUUAGUCA